UUUUUUUUUUUUGGUGAGGAAGAUUCGCCCUGAGCUAACGUCUGUGGCCAAUCUUCUUUUUUGCUUGAGGAAAAUUGUCCCUGAGCUAACAUCAGUGCCAGUCUUCCUCUAUUUUGUGUGUGGGUCACCCUCACAGCGUCGCUGGUGAGUGAUGUAGGUCCGCGCCAGGGAUCCAAACACGCAAACUUGGGUUGCUGAAGCAGAGCAUGCCAGACUUAACCACUACGCUGCCUUGCCAGCCCCAGGAAUUCUUCUUUAGAGGCUAAAUUUAGGUUGUUCUUCCGUGAAUUUGCUCAGAUUAGUAAAUCUCCCAGAAAUAAUGAGAUUAUCAGAUUCCCAAGCAUUUAAAUCUCUUUGGAGUUUAAAGAGUAUUUAUUUCAGUUACUGAAAUAUCCCCUGAAAUACAUGGCUAUUAUACCCAAAUAAUUAUGAAUGCCAGGCCUGGGGCUUCUCACUUUCUUAGAUUUUCAUAACUUCCCUGAGCCUCUGUGCCGUUUAGCUGAGCAGCAGCUGCUUAGCUUUCUUAGCCACUGUUGGGGUGGUCAUCAUUUUCUCAUUAGACGUAGGUAUUUUCUCUCUUUUUGAAUAUUGCCCUUAAAAAUAAAUCAUUUUGUAUUUUGGCAAUUUCAGUUUCUGAAAUAUUUCCUCAUUAAUAGUUAAUGUUCUGAUUUUCCAGCUAAUCGCUAUGUGUUCCCUGUGACUUUCGGAAAUGGUGUCAAAUCUCCCUGAAUCUCCCUUCCACCUUUCUUAAAGAUUCUGCUGUUAUCCUGAUUCUACAGCCCUUUCCCCAUUCUGAAACUAAAGAGCAGGACCUUAGAUAUCCCAGGAGCUCAUCUCCCCAGCUCAAGUUUUACCGGGAAAGUGAUUCUACACUAUCCUAGUCUGAGCAGCUCUACAUUUGUCAUCAUUCCUUUUCACUGGACUCAUUUACGUCUGAUUUAAAUUUCUGCUUUUCACUUUCUCUCUUGUCCUCUGUGCCUUUCAUGGGUUGAAGUCCACACUCUGGUUUACUCCAUUUGGUUCGUUAGUUUCCCCACAACUAACUUGCUUUGUACUUAAGUUAUUAACUCAUCUAUAAAAUGGGCAUAAUACUAAUCUUUACUACAUCAAAAUAGUGUUGGUAAUCAAAAGAGCAUGGAUGUAAGUGCUUUUGGAAAACAAAAAAGAUUCAGUUGUGAAAAGGUGUCACUUGUAAUUGAUUCCAAUUUAAUGAAAACAUAGCAAAUAGUAAUAUAUAUGUCCUUUAUUUCAAGCAAUCUUUGAUUAAAAACCAUGGUGCAGUUUAAAUCUUUUGUUGGUGUUGGUUAUAACAGGAUUUGCCAUGUGUCUUUCACCCCUUAAUCAUCUUUUGGAUUGUCCUAUGAAUCUUCUCUACAUUUUCCGUGGAUAUCCUUGAAUGUUGUAGAAACAUGGGAAUGGUCAAGAGUGAGCUCUGAAGAGCUUCUCCAUGCACCUCCAUGUUUCACUGUCAGUCUUCCCAGUGGGAUGGAGGCUUUUGGACUUCCCUUGCCAUCACAGUGGACUUGGGUAACAGACGGUCGGCAGUUGAGGUUCUCGUUGUAAGCUCAGAGCCUGGCACUCUGUGGGAGAUCCCACUUGGAAGUGCUGUCUUGGACAAGCCACCCUCUCUGCCGUGCCUAAUGCUUCUCAUUCCUGGGACAGUGUGUUAUAGCUGGCGGUGGAGCCACUGCCCCGCUUCUUUCUGCAGGGUCCUCAGAGGCCCCUUUUUUCUUGUGCUAGGCUGACAGAUGAAAUGAUUCAGGGACAUCUGGGCUCAGUGCAGGAGCUGUGGUUGGAGUGGUGAACCCAGGCUGUGUCAGAGAAGGCUUGGCUUAAGUAUAAAUGAACCUGUCAGAGCAGAACCCAAGAUCCUAGGAUCACCUGCAGAAGAAAGGUGAAACUAAAUUCAGUGCCUGCUCCCUCUCCCUCCUGAGAAAUCUAAACCAAUUUGAUGUGUAAACUUGGAAUGGUAAAGCAGGGGUGGGUGUGUUUUAGGGAAAGCAGCAUUUGCCCUGUGUGACUGUGGGGGCCUGACACAGUGGUCCAAACAGACCCGAAGUCUGAUUCCAGUGUGACAUGUGGGCAAGUGACUCAACCUUGGAGCCUGUUUCCAGCUAUAAAAUGAGGAAAGAUAAACCUACCAAAUCAAGUUUCUUCAAGCAUUUAAUUGAGGCAGUACUCAAUACAAGCUCCUAUGUUUUCCCACUAAUUUCUCUAUCCAUGGACCAGAGAAGAUAGGAUAGUGUAUGAUUGAUGCAGAGGAGAGGGAGGGGGUCACAGAGGGAAUGAUUAUUAUGGGAAGGUGGUAAGAGCUAUAUCUGCACACCAUGGCUAAGCAGUGACAAGAAUGCAGAGAGGUGUAAAUGCCAGGGUAGGGGAUGAGAAGCAAGGAGAUUGGGAAGAAAGCCAGGGCCAGAAAUGGAGUGUUCCUGUCCUGUGUGUCAUGCUGCUGGGAGCUCAGCAUGACAGUCAGCUUCUCAUGUGUGCUUCCCCUUUUAGGAUGGUGAUCCAUAGAGCUAGCAGGGCUUCUGUGCUAGAUAUGUGCAAGAGUAAUGAUAGCAAGUACCAUUAUUGAGCCAGACUGGGGAGUGGGUUCUGUCACAGCCACACUGUGCAGUGUUUCAGGGAAGAGUCCAGAGUCCAGGGGUUGGUCUGUACCCCGCUCCUUCAUCAUUCCCUUUUUUGUGUAUUCUGUCUCUCCAGUAAUAUGGUAAACUCCCUUGAGAGCAGGGAAGUUUUUGUCUCCCCUCCUCCUGUGCCUGGCAGAGUGCUCUGAACAUUGGUGUUUAGUAAACAUUUAAGCAAAAGUAAACAUUAUUCUGGAGCACUGCAUCUUCCCCUACAGUGAUGCCACUGACCCAAAAGUUGUUUCCAAGACAAGUCUGGACAGGGUCUUGGGAGGAGGAGAGUGCUGAUUGUGAGAGAACAGUCCUAGAGGACUGCUGCUUCCUGCCACAGAAUAAUUGUGCUAAAACACGUAAAAUUAUUAAAAAUAGGGCAAUGUGGUUAUUCCCAUUUUACAGUUGAAGAAAGUGAGGUUCAACGAGGUCACACUUGUAUAUGGAUUCCUGGUCUAGUGCUCUUUCCACUCUGACCUAGAGAUCUGCCUGCUGCCCGACUGAUAGGCCAGGCUCUUCCAAGCAGGGCGCCCACUCCUGAUGGGGGUGGGGCACCUUAUCCACCAUCCAUCAUUCUGCAUUCCCAUCCCGAACACUGCUCUGAUUUCCCUAUCACCUGGUAAGUGCUGGCAGUGAGAGGGCAGAGAAGGGUGAACACGGGUCAGAUCCCCAAAGAGGGGCCGACAGGCAUUUUAUGGAGCUUCUCUGGUUCCUGGCCCUUUGCUGGGCACUGUAACGCCAGUUUCACCCUUUUGCUCAGGGGUGAAGGAACCACUGGCGGCCGAAUGCUGGUGGGAGGGAGGGUCGAGGGAACCGGCUUCUUCCCGGGGCCAGGUUCUUAGCCUGAAGGUGGCAGGCUUGGGCCAGAGGCCCCGAGGGAGCGGUGCCCACGCGGGGACAGGAGCGCGCGGGUCCGAGUUCUGGAGAGGACUGCUGACGGAGACUCCUGCCCAAGGGCUCUGGGCCGCGUGUCGGGUGAGGGCGGGGCGGGGCGCCGCGAGCGAGGGGCGUGCUCCUGGGGCAGGCUCCGCCCCCGGGGGGGCCCGGGUUUGUGUUUAAAAGGAGGGAAGGCGGGCGCCGCAGACUCGCGGCUGUGAGGCACGCUGGAGCAGGGGCGCGGCCGGGCACAGCCAUGACCCUGCGGUCGGGGGGCGCGCGGCGGCUCGGCGGCCUCCUGCUCUUGGCUCUGUUCGCGGCCAGCACCACCCCGCUCGGCUGGGAUCUCCCGGAGCCCCGCAGCCGGGUCAGCAAGAUCCGAGGGCGCCCGCGGGGCAACCUCUGGGCCACCGGUCACUUCAUGGGCAAGAAGAGUCUGGAGCCCCCCAGCCCAUCCCCAUUGGGGACAGCUCCCCACAUCUCACUGAGGGACCAGAGGCUGCAGCUGAGUCAUGAUCUGCUCAGGAUCCUCCUGCUAAAGAAAGCUCUAGGCCUGAGCCUUGGCAGCCCAGGACCUCGCACCCAGGAGGCUGCCAGUGCAAAUGCUGCAGAAGUGAUGCCAUUAAUGAGGAAGACACGACGACAUGGCUUAGAUUGUGUCCACCCGGGGAAGGUGUUGAAUGGGACCCUGGCAGUGGCCCCAUCUGGAUGUAAAUCCUGGGCUCAAAUCUCUGUUACUCCAUUACUGUGAUUUCUGGUUGGGUCACCAGGAAUAUUGCCAGUGCAGACACAAAUUAUGUUCCCGCUGUAUUUCUUGCUUCCCUGUUGAAGUUGUGAAUAAAACCCUGCUCUUUACAUAGAA